CUUGAUUCUUCCUCACAGCAAUGUUUGGACCUCACUGACCUACACCAUCACCGUUCCUCCUGGCCCAAGCUCGGCCGUCACCUCUGGACCUUGAUUCUUCUGGGCAGGGCUUCAACCGGAGGGUGGAGGAGUUGUCCAGCCAGUAUUGCAGUGGGGCCAAAGCCCUCCCAGCGGCGAGGUCAACCCAAGCGCGUCGUUCCCUCACAUCUAUCAGAUGGUACUUUGGACUGUCCCCGCUGCAGGUGUCAACAAUGAUCAGAGCGCCAUCAGCCAAGGGAUAUGGGCGGACGAGGGAGCCAAGAUCACCAGUACGGUCAAUUUUUCGGGAGGACAAUGGACCCAGACCGCGAAUGUUGUCAGUGGUGGUGGAUCUGGCAAUUCUAAAACAGAGUACUUCAAUAUGGACGGGGCCACCGACUCGCAUGCAAACUUCUUUGUCAUCGAGUCCGAGCUAGACGGCCAGCAGACCGGUGACUGGAACUUCGACGUUACCUUCACCGAUAUUUCGCUCACCGCGGCGACGACUGAUGGUGUUAGCGCCCUUUGCUCCGGUGCGACUUCUCACUCAGACGGAAACGGCUUCAUCACCAUUUCCGGGUAUUCACUUUCCUCUGACGGGAAGACCUGCAAUUGGGGCACCAUGACCCUCUCCCCUCCUUAGGCCCG